AUUAAUGCCUUUCACAGGGUCAAGACUGUUUCAUCUGCAAAAAAGGAGGUCAUAUGGCGAAAGACUGCCCUGAUAAGCACAAGAGGAAUGAUCAUCAAUCCACUUUGUGUUUAAGAUGCGGAGAAAUAGGUCAUGAUAUGUUUGGAUGUACCAAUGAUUACCCGGCAGAUGAUAUUAAGCAAAUAAGAUGCUACAUGUGUAAUCAGAAUGGUCAUCUAUGCUGUUUCGACUUCUCUGACAAUAGCCCCAAACAAAUUAGCUGUUACAAUUGUGCCAAAUCUGGUCAUUCUGGUCUGGGGUGUGCCAAGCAACGCAGGGAAACUAGUGCUGUCAUAACUCCAACCCAAUGCUACAAAUGUGGGGAGGAAGGCCACUUCGCACGUGGCUGCACAAAGAAUGCCAAGUCCGAUCGGUCGAAAGGCAAGUCAUCAUCGCACAGUCAGAGAAAGGAAAAAUGGAAAAAAGAUUCCAGUGCUAGAUCGGCUCCUCAUGAUGCCCGUAAAACAAGUAAAAGGAAAAGCCCCCAUUUCGAGGAUAGAAUGGAGAAGCCAUACACGAAUCACCAGUUCUCAUCUGGCGGUGACUACUUCACGCCUCAGUCCUCACGAAGGCACAACCAUGGUUUCGCAUCACCAAACUCGAAUUAUUCACCCAGCGCAAAGAAGCACGGGUUCUCAUCGUCAAGAUUCGCCACCAGCAACACCCAUCUCCGGUUCGAGAGAAGUUAG